AUGGCUGUCGUGAACAUGAAGAUAGUCUUCGUUUUGGGGAUCCUGUUUGGCGCAGGCCGGUUCCUGGUUGACAAGCUGUCGCGUCUCGCCUUCCCUUUCUGCGACCACCCGACGAAGUGCUUCGACUACGCGGAGGAGCUGGCCGCCAGCGUGGACCCCAGAGUCGACCCGUGCGACAGCCUGUACGACCACGUCUGCGGCAAAUGGGACAGGCAACACCCAUCUAUUGAACCGGGACUCUCGAGCCAAAUCGCUUUGCUCCAACAUCGCGUGCAGUCGUUCGUGCUGGGCGAGCUGGAGCGUUCGCCGCCUGAUCACCCCGUGCUGUCAGUGCGAAGGAGCCUGGCCGCGCUCCAGAGUUGCAGAAAGUUUACUCCGAAAGCAGAGAGGACACAGAGGUGA